GUUUAAACCAGGGAAUAUAUAUUUGUUUACUUUGGUUAAAGAUGACAUAAUUGAGUACUAUAGCAUGUGCACAAUAAUAAGAACUGACUGAUUAAGGGUUAUUACAGAUUCAUCAGCAGCUUUGCACAGGACACAUUAAGUCCUUUAUUUAAACACCUAAAGCCUUUUUUGUGCCCUGCUGUGUGAGUUCAGCAGCAAACCCUGUGCAGCAGGGACCGGAUCAUCUCGAUUUUCUUCCUGCUUCAAACUUUCAAACCAUGUGGAACCAAAAUGGUCUGUUUGGUGUCAGCGAUCCAAUCGCAUUCCUCUUUUUUACUUCCUGUCAGGAGGUACACGCACACCACACGCGCCAUGCGUCAUUACGCACUUCCCGUUCUCUAUGAAGUUCCCCCUCUUCUCGCCGUCGCGCCGUGACGGGGAUGUUUUGGUGAAAGAAAAUACGGCGUCAAAAGGGACGUAAACACGUUUAAAACAUGACAUUUCGGCCCAGUGGAACCUAAAGUGGCGUUGCAGGGGAGCGCGAAGGCGUCUUCGACGAAGGUUUCUGUCCGUCUUUAUGUAUCCCUCCGCAUGUUCGCUUUCUUCGUAGAUGGUGUCCGGCGAGCGUUGUCUGGCGGCGGACGACGAGUUCUCGACGAGUAACAUGAAGGAAAUGAUUGGAGGGUGCUGUGUGUGUUCAGACGAGCGAGGCUGGGCAGAAAACCCGCUGGUGUACUGCGACGGACAUGGCUGCAACGUCGCCGUGCAUCAAGCCUGCUAUGGCAUUGUGCAGGUGCCCACUGGUCCUUGGUUCUGCAGAAAGUGUGAAUCUCAGGAGCGAGCAGCCCGUGUGAGAUGCGAGCUCUGUCCCCACAAAGAUGGAGCCCUCAAGAGGACGGACAACGGAGGCUGGGCCCAUGUGGUUUGUGCCCUUUACAUACCUGAAGUGGAGUUUGCUAAUGUGUCAACUAUGGAGCCUAUAGUACUCCAGUCUGUGCCACAUGAGCGCUACAACAAGACAUGUUAUAUCUGUGAGGACCAGGGCAGAGAGAGUAAAGCAGCCACUGGAGCCUGUAUGACCUGCAACAAACAUGGCUGCAGACAGGCCUUCCAUGUCACAUGUGCCCAGUUUGCAGGAUUGCUAUGUGAGGAGCAAGGAUCAGAUGCAGACAAUGUCAAAUACUGUGGAUAUUGCAAAUACCAUCACAGCAAAUUGAAACACAAGGAGCGGGACAGGCACAAACCAAAACACAAGAAAACCUCCAUGGACAUGUCACCCUCCCUCGUCCUUCCAAACAUAAUGGUCCCAGACAAGACCUAUAACAGCAGCAAUUCAGGAGGAGGAGUCUCCUCUCUGCAGGCCUCCUCGCAGAAGAGAUUAGAUGACAGCGCCGCGCGUUUCACCAACGCCAACUUUCAGGAAGUGUCGUCAGCUCACUCUGGCAGCAGUUCCAAGGACGCCUUGGCUGCAGAUGCUGUUAAGGCCGCAUCUGAGGUGAAGAACAAGAAGAACAGCGGUGGAGGUCACACGGUGGGACAGAGGGGCGGCCGCAAGUCUCUCACCUCCUCAGGGAAACCCCUCCCCUCUGCUGUGGUUACCAUGGCAACUUCCUCUACAUCUGCCUCAGCUUCAACUGGGCCUUUCCAUCAAGGCCUCCUGUUGACCAGUGCCAGCAAGACCCCCUCUGCUCCUUCCUCCUCAGACUUCCUAAGUUUCUCAGAUUCAUCGUUGCGUCCCGGUGGUGGAACCACCUUCUCCUCCCCACCGUCUUUCAGCAGCUGCCUUGUGAAACCAGGCUCAGAGGGUGGAGCUUCAGAAGGAACUACAACUCUCUUUGGUUCUCUUAUGUCUGCAACCACAGCUUCAGCAGUGGGUGGAAAGCUGUAUGAGAAUUCCCACAGUCACACAGCAAGUGAGACGACAAGCCUCAUUGGGUCCACUGGCUACAAACGGCCUCAGCCCUCUAGCUCAGGACUGGGGAUCAGCGGCGCAGCCACAGGAGGAGGGGAAGAUGGGGUAAAGAAGAAAAAGAAGGGCAACUGGCGAAACAGAUUUGGACCUUGCUUUACCACAGAUGUGAAGCCUUCUGAGCCCGUUCCCUCCCUAACUCUCCCCACAACCUCCACCGCUAACACCUCCUCCUCCACUGCCUCGCCUUCCUCCUCUUCAUCCUCGACGCUCUCAGGUCGACCAUGCUUGGUUUCCAGCAGUGGAUUAGGGGUGGGAGUGGGAGGGGGCGGGGGAGGAGGAGGAGGAGAAAGAGGGUUGGGGGUCCAAAAGUCGCCAUCACUCCUCAGGAAUGGGAGUCUGCAAAGCAACAGCAGCUCUACAACCACUGGGUCAGGUGUUUUCUCUGUUGCCGAUGGGCCAUCAUCGGGGACAGGAGCCAUCGCCAUGGGCGGAGCCAGCACUGAGUUGUCACAGCAACAGCAGCCCACACCUUCUCUAGCCCCUCCCUCUCCAUUCACUGCCACAGCACCGCUGAACAGCACGGCAUCCACACACGUGAGCAGCCUCCCAGGCUCCGUCUUCAACCUGGCCCCCCCUCACAUGUUUGGCAACAGGCUGAACCCCAACUCGACCAUGGCGGCACUCAUCGCACAGUCUGAGGCUUCACCAGCAGAUCAGGAGGCGGGAGAUGGAGGCAGCAGCAGCGGCGGCGGCAUCGGAGCUCAGGGCUUCUCCAUAAGAGCUUCUCCCAAGACCACCCCGCGCUCUCCGAUUGGUGGCCUGCAGAUCCGCUAUGACUCUUCGGGGUCGUUGCCGGGGCCGGGGCAGGGGUUGCUAGGGGCAGGGGGAGGCGGGGAGACGUUGCCCCCAGUGGCCACCAGCAUUGAGCAGCUCCUGGAGAGGCAGUGGAACGAAGGGCAGAGCUUCCUGCUGCAGCAGGGAACGCAGGGAGACGUGGUGGCCAUGUUGAAGUCCCUCCACCAACUCCAGGAGGAGAACAGGAGGCUGGAGGAGCAGAUUAAAACUCUGACCAUGAAGAAAGAGAGACUGCAGCUUCUUAGUGCACAGCUAUCAGUGCCUUUCACGCCUACCACGGCCUCCUCGGAUGUGAAAGGAGCCCAGCUGGGAGCAGCUGACUCAUCUUUACCUGUGGCAGUGCAGGAUAGCACGUCAUGUGGCGGCCACAGCAGUAGUGGUUCCACCUCCUCUCUCUCCACCCCUCCCUCGGUCUCCCAGAGUCCACCUCAGCCACAGCUCAAUGGGGUUGCCUCCGUGGGGGCGACCACGGCCGGGUUGGGCGGUGUGGCGGGGCUGAUGGGGGCUCUGGGUGCAGGGAGCGCGCUGGGUAUGGGGGGAAUCGUCGGGGCGCUGAACGGCGUGAUCCAGACGCCAGCAGGCACCUCCAGCCCUCACACACACACUACAGGAGCAGCUGCGGGCGUCACCUUGCCCGUCAAUACCAACAACUCAGCAGCUAGUAAGACCAGCGCGGCGCGAAUCGGCCUACUGUCUGAGCAGCAGCAGAGAUUGCUCCUGCAGCAGCAUCAGCUCCAGCAGCUGCUGUCCUCACAGCCUUCAGUGGAGCAGCAGCAGGUGUUGCUCUACCAACUGAUGCAGCAGCAGGACCUCCAGCAGCUGCAGUCCCUCUCCUCCUCUGCCCAGAUUCCCUCCAUCCCACUCUCUUCCGCUCAGCUGCCCAUCAACAACUUGCUGCCCGGCGCCCAGAGCCAGGGCCAAGGCACCAUCACGGCCAACCCCUUCCUGGCGCUGCAGCACGCACACGCCGACACGCACGGCUCAGGGGCGCAGAAACCUCGGCUAGCCGAGAAAGCUGUGGGCGUCGGAGGGCAAGAGAAGACAUGACGGCAUAUGCUCUUUCUGUUUUCUUUUUGUUGUUUUGUUGUUGUUGUUUUUUAUAUAUAUAAAUAUAUAAAAAAAAUAUGCAGAGUUUUUGGGGAUCAGCCUGUUGGUCAACUUUGUAGUUUAGCGAUGAGAACAUUGGCAGGAGAGCAAACUGUGUUUGUGUUAGAUAUUUGUUUCCAGUUGUGUGUUAAAGCAUUAACACACACACACACACACACACACACAGUGGUGAGUUAUACAGAAGACUGUCUGUAGUUGACACAGCCUGGUUUAGCUUCCAAUCUUCACACAUUUUGUGUAAUUUUGUAUUAUUUAUUUGAUUUAAUAAUUUUUUUAGCUGCUUCAAGUCCUUAUUUUGAUUGUUUUGUCUACUUAAUGAUUUUAUUUUUAUUAUUUAAUGUUGCUGGUAGUAACUGAGCGUGUGUUACUAUCAGUACGUAGCACCAGAGGACAUGGUGUGCUGUUUCUCUUCUUGCAGCAGUUCAGUUGACUAACAGGUUCCCAGAAACUUUUAAUAAUUUUUCUUUCAGCUUUUCCUCCUCCUCGUGUUGUUCUGAUAUUUUUUUUCUGCUUCUCUUUUUUUUUUUUUAUUGUUUUUGUAAUGGUCUGGUCUCUCUGCUGUUUCUCUCUCUCUCUCAGGGGCUUCAGCCAAACCAGCGUUGUGCUCUCAGCGCACAAGCUGGCACACACAGAACUACAAACAUUAAAAGAAAAAUGGCAGCAAUAUAUGAUUAGAAAAAUACAAUUCCCUGUUAUAGGACUGUAUGUGUGAUUGACACGUGUCUCACAGGAGUCCUGAAGGGAGUAUCGGAUGAGGAAGUAUCCCACACAUCCUCGCUGCUGCCUCUCUCCCCGUGUCUCUUUCACUCCGUUUGCGUACAUCCAGUAAUGUCAGUGAGCCAAGCCUCAUAUGGUCACCGCAGAAGCCUUGCUUUUGACUGUCUCUUCUCUGGGCCAGAUACAGGGGGCUCAUUCAGGGAAAAGAAAUGUGAAAGAGAGGGGAAAAAAAUUAUAAAAAAAAAAUUAAGUUGAAUGUUAGGAAAGAUGCAUAAAUCCACAUAUAUGGACUUUCCUUGCAGCUGGAUAUCAGCAAGUGGAAGUGAGCACGUUUCGUCUUCCUGAUUGAGCCCCCUGCUGCACCUACCUCUUGAGCAGGACCAGCCUAUCAGGACCUAAAAGGCCGACAGCAGCGGCCACUUAAAAACCCACAACAGUCAGGACUGGCCAAUCAGGGUCCAAACCCAAGUGCCUGAGGCCAACGGGGGGGAAGGCGGGAUUUUUGUUUUCCUUUUUAAAACCCUGUCACUCUACCCAAUCUUUCCAAUCUUUCACAGCACUACUGGUAAUGAAGCUGCGUUGCUAAGGCAACAGAUUACAAAAGGUCUCGGUCUGUCGGGCUGGGCGUCUCUUUAAUAAAACUAGGAAAUUUUAUUCUGCUGCAUUCUCUAAUGUCAAAGCCAACUUUGUGUUGUGCUUUUUAGUUAUCUGGAGUUUUUGUGUAACGGGCAUAAGAUGAUAUAUUUUAAAAGCCAGCUGGUUUUUGCAAUUUACCAUCAUUUUGUACUACUGUGUAAAGUUGUUUUGUUUUUAGUUUUUUUUUUUUUGUCUUUUGUUUCUCUGUUCAGUCUAAUCUUGCUGUAAACCAUUUUUAAUGACUUCUGCUCUGUGUCAUGUGUUUGAAAGCUAGAAGCUACUUAAUAGUUGGCUGAUUUGGGAAGGGUUCUGGCUGUAUAUAGCUGUUUGUAGGUGGGGAGGAAGUGUGUCGGGGCGUUUGGUGGCACAGUUUUUACCUCGUUAAGUGUACAUAAACUUUUCUCAUUGGCCGUUGGUUGUACAUAAGUGAUUAUGAUUGGCCGUGCUGGUGUGAAGGAAAGCCAAUGAAGCCUCAGUUUGUGCGUGUGUGAAUCUUUAGGACCAGAAAAUAAGGUUGACAGUGACUGGACACACAAAAGUAUUAAUUUAUUUUUAUAUGUGCAGGGACAUUGUGUUUCUUUCUUUUUUUUCUUUUUUAAAAAAAAAAAAAAAAAGUUUUGCACCAUUUUUUGAUGAAAAGUCAUUUUAUACUCUGGGCACCAUGUUUUCAUUUGUGCACACAUUUGUUGGAUAAAUUUCGUAAGAGUGUAAAAAAAUAAAUUGGUGGGGGACUGAGGAUGUAUUUCAAAAAAGAAAAUUAAAGAAACA